UCUCAUAAUUGCGCUUUUGUAUCUUACAUCGAUUUAUGUUUUUGUAACUUCUCAUUCUAUUUUUGAGGUAGAAUGUGAUGUCGAUUCUGAUCACUUUGACUUUUGUGAUCCCGAUGGGACUUCAAUUAUUUGCAACAUUGAUGACCUUCAUCUUUCGCAUAACUAUUCAAAGGAAGCUAUGCAUUCGCAUCAAGAACAACUUUUAAUCACAAAUGCCGACGAACAUAAUUUUACAAAAGUUGUCAUUCAUACCGGAUAUUUUUAUCGCUUUCCAAAAGAGCUGCUGACACAAAUGCCAAAAGUAGAGGAAAUUACUUUUCCUCCGAGUAAAAUGCAUGAAAUUUUGCCUGAGACAUUUUCAGAAGCAAAGUCGCUUAAAUCUUUGUCGCUGUCUUCAAGUGAGUUAAGGGAAUUGAAAGCGAACGUUUUUCAAGGAGCAGAUUCGUUGAGGGUUCUGAACUUAAUGGAGAAUAAAAUUAAGGAAAUUAAUGUGAAAGCUUUCAAUGGUCUUAGUGCAUUGAGAGACUUGGAUUUGACGUUCAAUGAAUUGACAAACAUCCAUCCGAAAGUUUUUGAUAGUCUCACUAGCUUAGAAGUUCUUCAUCUUUCGCAUAAUAAGCUCAAUGUUAUUGAUUCAAAAUUCUUUAAAAAUAAUAAAAACUUGGCGGAACUCAUUCUGGAUUGGAAUCAUUUGGAUACCGUUGAACUUCAGCUUCCCAGUAAAUUCAAAAGUCUUCAUUUGUCCUUCAACGGAAUCAAUAAAUUAUCUUUAAAAUCUAAAAACGAAGUGAAAAUGACAAAUCUUGAAGCUCCCUUUAACCGUCUCGAGGAUUUGAAGAUUGGAGAUGACAUCGAGAUCAAAGAGUUGGAUCUCGAGCACAAUACAUUUGAGUCUUUAAGCUCUUUGAAAAAAUUAAGAACACUAAAAGUGCUUCGACUAGGCGGCAAUCCAAUAACGGAUUUAACUGACCUCAAAGUUUUUGAUAACUUGUCAAAAUUGUACUUGAACGACGCCUUUAUGGGUUAUAAUCAUAAAACAUUUUCCGGUUUAACAAAUCUCCAAUUUUUAUCUUUAGGUGGUGCGGGACUCAAAACUGUCGACGUAGCAUGGUUCAAAAAUCUCCCAAAACUGACAACUUUGGAAUUAAGUUUAAAUAAAAUUAAAGAGAUAGACUAUGAAGCUUUUGAAAAGCUGCCUUCUUUGAAGAGAUUGGAAAUCGGUAUGAAUCGCUUUAAUUGUUCUUACAUCGAAAAAAUGUUGGAAUUUUUCAAUGGCACAGAAAUUAAAAUAACUGAUAUGAAUUUAGAAGAUUUUGUUAAUGGCAGAGACCUACAUAGCAUUUGGUGUGAAAAUGUCUGGGAAGAUGAUGAUGAUGAUGAAGAUGAAUUUAGUGAAAAUGGAAUUUCGGGAAUCCUUUUUGUCGUACUUGGAGUUGUAAUUGUUGGAAUAGUAACAUUUUUCUUGGUGAAGAAGUUUGUGAUAAAAAGUGGCGUCUCUCGUCGACCAAAUAGCAACAUCAGAAGUCCUGAAGAAGGUACUGAAGUUGGUUCAGUUGAAGUUCCAUAAAGAAAUGGGGAAGAUUUUUACUUCAAAUUUCAAUAAUUCGCAUAUUUUUGUUAAUCUUAAGUGAAAUUAUUUUAAAUAAAUGUAAAUUUUUUUUUCACGCUAUACCUUUAGGACGUCAAAACUAACAUUUUUCUCCAUGGAACAUAUGCUCGGAAAUGCAUCGUUUCGCUAAACAUUUAUUACCUUCAAAUUUUUGGAAUGCAAAAUGAAUUAAAAAUAUUUAAAAAAUAAGGCAGUCCAAAUUUUUGUUCAAAAUUUAUUUUUUUUU